AAAUCCUAACCCAUUUCACCCCUUCUUUUUAUCAGACUUGAUAAAAACUGAAAAGUUAUAAUAAUUACGUCUUUUUCUUUUAGUAUCCUAGUUAACACAAAAAAAAAAUUAAUCAUAUUUAUACAUUCCUUCCUUUAUCCCACACAAUCUCCAAUGUUAGCCUGCUCUCAAGACAUUUUUUUUCACAAUGAUUCCAAUACGACGGAUAAAAGAAUUAGACAUCAACAACAUUUAAAAGAUCAACUAAUGAACAACGAUGAUAUCGAAAUGACAUUGACUUCAAAUGGCGACGACUUAUUAGACAAUUCCGUAGUAACCAAUAAUAUGAAAGACAAAGAAGAGCAAGUUUGGCCACCAGAUGUCGAAUCUGCCUUCAUUGAAGCUCUCGAAUCUAUCCCUAAAUUAGGCAGAAGAAAAAUUCUUGUCAAUGGCAAACCUUGUGGUCGUAAUGAACUUAUUUCUGAUUUCAUUUUCCGUAAAACAUGCAAGAUCCGCACAAGAAAACAAGUUUCCUCCCAUAUUCAAGUAUUAAAAAACACUCGAAAAGGCGAUUCCCACUUCAUGCGGUUAUUGACCGAUUCAGUCGAAUUAGACGAGACCAAUAAUGCAUUAAAGACCAAAAUGCGUCAGCCUCCACAUAUUCAUCAUUCGCUCAAGAACUCUAAUUCUAUCAAAAUGAAGACCUAUCAGCCUAAUGAUGCACUUUCAUCAGAUGAGUCUUCCAUUAACUCGUCUCCCUCGCCUACCGAUUAUGUUUUCGAUAUCAUGUGUGCUGAUCCCGCACAGCAACAGGCCCUUUCCAUGCUUCAGUUUAAAGACUUUUAUGACCCGUUUCAACAGUCGCUUUUCGCUGGUAUGGCCAAUGGAUUACCUUCUAAUUUUGAGCCUACCCAACCCAACAAUGAUCCAUUUUUUGGCUCCCUGUACGAACAACAACAUCAACAACAGGAUUUGUUGAACAAUCUAUCUAAUGUAGCUACCACACCUACAACCCCUCAUGCAUCUGCCAUCAAAAAGAAGGAUGUAUUAAUGCCUGUCCGAAAAACAAAGAAGAGAAAAUCUCACCACGAUGAUGAAAGUCAUACCGAGUCAGAAUUUGCUCUUUGGCCAAACUACAUUUGUCUCUACCUGGAAUAUACUUUGCCUUAUGAUCCUUGUCGUCCUCUUAGUCACAAUUUAUCCCAAUUACCUCAUUGUUACCCGAAUUCCCUACCAACCGUCUCUGUGGAUACGAUCCCUAAAGAAAAGUGUCCUCCCAUUACUUGCCUAAGUCAGAAUUCAGCGGACACUGUUUUGCUGUUGGCCAAGACAAAGCUUGAUCUUAAUCUGAAUAUAUCCGAUUUUUCAUUCAAUAAUACAUCGUUUUUUGAAACCCAAACUCGUCGUACGAUUGAAUGCACUACUACAAUCUAUUCGUUUGGCAAUGUCGUGCUUGAAUCCAAAGAGGUGCAACAAGCUCUCUGGGUAAACGAGGGAAAAUACAUGUACAGCUUUGUAUUUGUCAAUCAAUUUUUUGAUGCAUUCAUGAAGGGUAUCCGAUCGCUCCAGUCAUGGGACGAAGUCGAUAUUGCUAUUAAUAACCUUUGUAUAGUCCAGUCUUUUGAAGACAUCGAGUCAAAAUAUACAAAUAAUACCGAGACCGUCACUGAAAGUGGAAAUGCACCUUUACUAGCCAUGAUUUACGAAUUCGAAAGGGGUCAAGGCACCAUUGAUAUUUCAGCUAUUGUGGAUGACAAGACCAAAGAUCUUGAGUUUUUUGAUCAAGACAAUUUAAUAUAAUAUAUCCCCACUUAUCUAUUUAUCCCUCCACUCACACAAACCCCCCAUCCCAUAACACACACACACACUGUGUCUUCCUCCCCCCCCCCAAUACAAGCAUAAUUCAUGCAAAAUACAUUUUUUUUAUUUGCUUUUCCUCUUAUACCC